GCAAAAUUUGUAGACCUCAAAGAAAUGGUGAACAAGAGAGCUCUCCUCCCAAAAUUCGCUCUCCUAGCCCUUCUGGUGUUACAGACAAGAGAAGUGCGCGCUGACAGUAGGGUUGAGAGCUUUGUUCACGAUGAGCUGCAGUUCGGCCAGGGAUUGGGAUUAGCAAGCAUCAGAUCCUUCCAUGGUGACUCUGCGCAAGACAUGCUGAAUGGCGUGGACGACGUUGUGCAAGCAUGGUACAUGGAUGACACCACCGAGGAGGAAGACCAGAGGCUUCCCCACCGCCGGCAGCCUGAUGUUCCAGUUCCUCUUUCAAAACUGCUUGACCUCGGAAUCUUUGCCAUGCGGCUAGAUGCAGAUAACCAUGAGAAUGAUGAGAACCUUACUAUGAUCCGUAGCCAGAGGGGCUACUUGCACAUGGACAUUGUGACAUUAACCCCGGAGAAAAUGGCUAACUACGAGGCGAUGAUCAAGAGAUUCUUCGAAGAGCAUCUCCACGCCGAUGAGGAAGUUCGCUAUUGUCUUGAAGGCAGUGGGUACUUUGACGUGAGGGAUGAAGAGGACCGCUGGGUUCGGGUGUCAGUGAGGAAGGGAGGACUUAUUGUCGUGCCGGCGGGCAUCUAUCAUAGGUUCACGCUGGACACCAACAAUUAUAUUAAGGCGAUGCGACUGUUUUCAGGAGGCCCGGACUGGACAGCAUAUAAUCGUCCUCAUCAUGACCAUCUCCCAGCAAGGAAACAGUAUCUGGCAGCAUUGCAUAAAAGGCGGGAGGAGCAUAGGUAAGAGGAUGGAGCACAAUGAGAUUAGGAAAGCUAAUUAAAGCUGGUGUUGCAGUUACCGCCGGGAGGAUGUUUGCCACAAGUAUCAGAUUUUUAUCUUGUGUGUGAAUCAAAUUCAUCUUGAUGGUACCUAUUCUAGUAUGUAAUGUAAUUUUACUAUAUGGUAGUGAAUGUUCAUGUUUGAUCCAUCGAUCAAACUAGGCCACCGGUGGAAUGUACCAACUUGUAGCAGAAAAAAGCGGUGCCAUGUUUCAAAAGAGUUGAAUGUUUGUCCCGUA